UUGUGAGUGAGCUAAUAUGAGCUGCUAUAUCAUAGGGAAACCAAUCCAAUCCAUAUAAACUAAUUAAAUUACAUCAAUGAAAUAAUUAUGCUGACCUGUCAGUCGAACGGAUAAUAUAUCGAAGAAAUUGCUUAUUUCCCUGUUCUUAUACGGAACUACCGGACCUGACCACUUCAUCAUCAUCAAUCAUCAAUACUACUUAUGUCCUGUCUCUGAUUCUUCCUCCCCUGCACCGAACUCCAACCCAAUACCUUGCAAGAGCUCGAGACAGAGCAUCCAUGGCGAGGAGGGGCACUACUUCCCCGCUUCUUUUGAUUCUCUACCUAGCGGCGAUCUUCGUUGCUGGUACUGCAGGGAGAGUAGGGAAUCUCCUGCAGAGCUACGAGAAGCCGGGCUUCAGCGGAUCGUUUAAUCGGAUUUUUGACACUUCCAAGUAUGGGAUUCUUCAGCUCAACAACGGCCUGGGUGGAACUCCUCAGAUGGGGUGGAAUAGCUGGAAUUUUUUCGCCUGUGAUAUCAACGAAACUGUUAUCAAGGAAACAGCCGACGCACUUAUUUCGACUGGGUUGGCUGACUUGGGAUACGUAUACGUCAAUAUAGAUGAUUGUUGGUCCGCUCCUGAAAGAAACUCAGAGGGCCAACUGGUCCCUGACCCAGAAACUUUCCCAUCAGGAAUAAAGGCCUUAGCUGACUACAUACAUGGGAAAGGUCUUAAGCUUGGCAUUUAUUCUGAUGCUGGGGCAUUCACAUGUCAAGUUCGACCAGGAUCACUUUACCAUGAAUCUGAUGAUGCAAAGCUGUUUGCUUCUUGGGGUGUGGAUUACUUGAAGUAUGACAACUGUUAUAACCUGGGAAUUCCGCCAAAAAAGAGGUAUCCGCCAAUGCAAAAUGCUCUGAAUGAGACGGGUCGCACGAUUUUCUACUCUCUCUGUGAAUGGGGUGUGGAUGACCCUGCCUUGUGGGCAGGCACUGUUGGGAACAGUUGGCGUACUACUGAUGAUAUCAAUGACUCAUGGGUUAGCAUGACUACAAUAGCUGAUCUGAAUGACAAGUGGGCAUCCUAUGCUGGCCCUGGGGGUUGGAACGACCCAGAUAUGUUGGAAGUCGGUAAUGGAGGCAUGACUUAUCAGGAGUACCGUUCGCAUUUUAGCAUCUGGGCUUUGAUGAAGGCUCCACUUUUGAUUGGUUGCGAUGUGAGAAAUAUGACUGCAGAAUCUUACGAGCUUUUGACCAAUAAGGAGGUUAUAGCUGUGAACCAAGAUUCAUUAGGGGUUCAGGGGAGGAAGGUGCAGUCUUCAGGGGAAGGUGGAUGCCUCCAGGUCUGGGCUGGACCCUUGUCUGGGCAUCGACUGGCUGUUGUCCUUUGGAACCGAUGCUCGAAGGCUGCAACCAUCACAGCUCAAUGGGGAGCUCUCGGUCUCGAAUCCAGCACAAGUGUCUCCAUAAGAGAUCUGUGGCAGCACAAAGAGAUCGCAGGAGAUGCGGUGUCAUCGUUUGGUGCCCGGGUCGAUUCUCAUGACUGCAACAUGUAUAUUUUUACACCACAGACAAUAUCUCGCUCUGAAAUCUGAGUCCAGGAACAGGAGUAGCUCAUGUCCGGUCUUAACCUUAUCGAGUGGUUCAACAGAAUGUCACCUUUUAUGCAACUAGUUGGAUCCCCAUGUCAGAUGACGAGAAAUAGUGCAUGGAACACUCAGAAGUGUGAGCUUGUAUUUAAGUCCCAAAUGUAUUUCUGUACAUUCGAUUGGCUCUCUGAGACGAGAGAGCAUUAUGAAGGUCGCGAACUCUUACUGAAUAGAGGAUCAUCUUCAUCUGCAACUGGCUCGUGUGUUAAAAGAGUUGUUACAUAUUAGUGGUCUGUUGUUGCAUUAAUAUAUCAGAUAGCCAGAUCAUCAA